UAGUGCUCAGUUAGGGAAGAUGUGCCCAUAGCAACGGCUGUGGGAGCUUCAGAAUGAGUAGUUUUUCCUUGUAGGAGAAAGGUGCUGAAGGCAUUGAUGUUUAAGCACUGAGUGCAUUCCGUGGGAUCAAAGUGUGAACUGUGUGCAGUGUCCUGAGCCUGCAUCAUGAUUGAUGGUUACAGUCCAGUGUUACAGUCCCUUUUGGGAACCCUGCUUACAUGGGGACUGACUGCUGCUGGAUCUGCAUUGGUCUUCAUUUUCUCCAGUGGGCAGAGGCAGAUUCUGGAUGGAAGUUUGGGAUUUGCAGCUGGGGUGAUGCUGGCUGCAUCCUACUGGUCUCUCCUGGCCCCUGCUAUUGAGAUGGCUGAAAAUUCCAACCAGUAUGGCAGCUUUGCUUUUGUGCCUGCAGCUGUUGGAUUUUUGGUAGGGGCAGGCUUUGUAUACUUAGCGGACCAACUGAUGCCAGCUCUGGGCUUCAGUGAGGAUCCCUACUCCAUUGCGACACUGAAUCAGGACUCCAAACCCAUCAAGGAGAAGGAUGAGGGGGACUUGUAUGAGGAUAAAGAGCUCAGCAUCCGGAUAGGUAGAGGCGGCUUUCACCAAGACAAGAUUGAGAAUGGGGACGUGUACCAGAGAAAGAGAGGGACUGUAUCACCUUUGGCUGAAGACUUUUCCAUGCUGAAUCCCAGAGAAGCAGCUCACAAGGGAGGGAGCAGCUGGAGGCGAAUCAUGCUUCUUAUAUUGGCUAUAACUAUUCACAAUAUUCCAGAGGGACUGGCUGUCGGCGUGGGGUUUGGAGCCAUUGGAAAAACGCCAUCUGCAACUUUUGAAAAUGCCAGAAAUUUAGCACUUGGAAUAGGAAUUCAGAAUUUCCCAGAAGGCCUUGCUGUUAGUCUUCCAUUACGGGGAGCUGGAGUUUCCACUUGGAAAGCAUUCUGGUAUGGUCAGCUGAGCGGCAUGGUGGAGCCUAUUGCUGGCCUUUUGGGAACCAUUGCCAUUUCGCUGGCUGAACCUCUUCUGCCUUAUGCCUUGGCCUUUGCUGCAGGAGCCAUGGUCUAUGUAGUGACAGAUGAUAUUAUUCCCGAAGCACAAGCCUGCGGUAAUGGCAAGUUGGCCUCAUGGACCUGUAUCUUUGGCUUCAUUGUGAUGAUGUCCCUGGAUGUUGGGCUGGGCUAAUGUAUCCAUACGCAGAGGGCUACAAAGGAGCAUCACGUGUAUUAAAGAUAUGAGACUUUUUAACAGACCAGCAUCCUGUAUACAUGAAGUAAGGUGUGUGCAUAAGCUUUGCAAUAGGGUUUUGUAAUGUAGAAGCCUGUGCAGUUAAACACCUUAAUAUAUGGUUACAGGAUUCAUAGAUCUGUUACAAAUGAUCAUAUCUUCGAUACUCGUAUUUUUGGGACCUACACAGCUCGACCCUUUACUGCACAAAGGAGGUUACUAAAAAAUGAAGGACUGAGUGCCAGCAUCUCAGAAGGAAAGAAGUGUUUACAGAUGAUUUUUUUAUUUGAUUUGCUGCAUUUAUUUAUCCAAUGUUUAGUUGUGUUAGAACAGUGAUUGAUGAGGGUGUGGGGGAUCUUUCUUAAAGUAUGUGCUUGGUUAGAAGCUACAGUGAGCUGGACCACUGGUUUGCACUUUAGGCUUGGGCCUUGGGUUAUUCUGGCCAAAAACCUGACCGAACUUGGGGGGCACAAUUUUAAUUAAAUGUUGCACAGUAAUAUUUGUGUCAUUACUGGAAAUCUAGUCUAUUGAUGCUUUCCAUCAUCCUUUGUGUUGGAAGUCACUGCCAACAGGCUUCCAUCUUGGUUAUGAGUGGCCAAGUCACAGCCAAAAUGUGACAUUUUAUUAGACAUGAUGUUAAUGAAUAACUUUGGAGAGGGGACUUAAUGUACAGUUUAGACAUUCCAAUUUUAUUUAAUUUUGCACAAAUUUAAUUUGGGGCAUUAUUGCUCCUGGCAGGUCCCAAAAGCUUGAUGUGUACCACUGAUUUCUUCUUCAGCCCCUUAUCCAAAAAGGUAAACUAUUCCCAACUGCCUUAAUGUUUCCAACAAUGUAAGGAAGCAUAGUGGGAUAAGUAAUCCAUAAUAGCAGUAAAGUGGUGGGGGAAUGAGUCUGAGAAUCUUUUGGAUUACUGGAUCUGUUUUUAUUUAACAUGCACAACACUAGAUGAUAUAUCUUUAUAGUUGGGUUUUGCAGUACUUUUUUGCUAUUAUUAUUGGCCAGAGUUGUUGUUAGCAACUCACAUUUGUAAAGUACCCACACAUUCCACAUUAUUUAUUUUUUUUAUGUAGUCCCUAUGCCUGGUCCAUGGGUUCCUUGGCUAGUAAUUUACUGAUUUGACUGAUAAAAAGUGUAGGUUGAUGCUAAUUGUAUUAAUACUAAAGCAAGAUAACAGAAAAAGUACAAUAUUUUAUCCAGAAAAGGUGGCAAUCCUAGUGACUGGCCUGAUAGCUACUCCCGGCGUAGAGGAAAGGCAGAACCUUAGCCCGGGGUAUCAGGCAAGCAAGCACCAUAGAGCAAUCUUUUUUUUUUUUUUUACUUUGUUUCUUGUUAUGACUCUUCUAAUGCUCCUUAGCAAUGUAGCUCUACUGCCAGGGGCUACUAGUUCUAUUUCUAAUAUAUUUUAGGCUGCACUGUUAACCUGCAAAAUGUCCAUGUUCUCUAUCACCUUUAGUGUUAUACAUGAUUUACAGCUUCUGUUCCAAGAACCCUACAGAACUAGAACACAGGGUUUGGCAGGAUUAUUCCUGAACUGGUUUGCAUUGAGCCAGACAAGUUUCACUCUCUUAAUUGCUGUUAUGAACGAUCUAUUUCUGUUCAGCAUAGCAAAUGCUUAUGUACUAAUUGUUAUGUUUAAAUGUUGGCCAGAGAGCCCCAGUGCAAGUUAUUAUUGGUGGGUUGGGUAAAUCUUACUAUUUACGGUUGCUCCUAUCUAUUAAUAACAUUUAAAGAUUAUAUUAGUGAUUUCUUUAGUUUGUUUCUACAGUGAAAGCUGAUCCAUGCUGCAUUCUAGUUUUAGUCCAGCUACAACAAUACUUUUGGUUUUAAGCAGAGUUAAUACAUGCUGCAGAGUCUUAUAUCAAGCAGCCAGUGUGCAGCCCUUUGGUACAAUGAUGGGAGAAACUGAUUAUAACAGCCAUUCAUGUAAGGAGCAAGAUGUGGCCUGUCUGCUGUGUUCCCAGCUGUUGCAACAACCAGAGGGCUGUAGAUUAAGCAACACUGAUAGAAAGUACUACUGUCUGCCAUACCUGCGAUGCCCCCUUUCUACCGACAGCUGCUUCUCUUAUGGGCUCCAUUAUGUGCAGGGCCCAAAGCAUCCCUGUUUAAACAGCUCUUAAUGACAAAGUCAUUUCGGUCCCACUGUUGCUCAUUUUGUGAUGCUAUAGCUUCAUCCCUAUGAGUUUAUCUUCCUUUUCCUACAAUCCCUAACCAUCCAAGAGCUUGAUCCUGUAAUGAAUAAAAGGAAACCGAGCAGCUCAAUAAGAAGCUAUGUGGUUGUCUUGGCAGAAGCAGUCAGUAUGCCAGUCUCCUUAUGAUCACUUGUUUGUUGUUUAAUAUAAGGAAUGUUUUCCAUGUGUUUCUGUGCCUUAAAGCAAAGUAAGGUUGUUCAACCUGAUCAUAUGCAAUAAAAACUUUUUUUACAUGGUAAUAAAAACAUGACCGAAUGACUUA